UCAUUACAUAUGUGGGCAAAUGCCCCGAAUAUUUUGCAACUAUUCACGCCAAACAACAUCGGGGAAUUUGAACAAAAUAUAUAAUCUUAUAUUCUACAUGUUAGCUAUUAUUCCGAUUUGAAAUGUUAUUAUCCUUUUUUGAAUCUCGGGCUAGUUUGCAUGUUAAAAACGACUCUGUGUGUAAUUUCCUUCUGUUCCGUGGGUCAUGAUCGUGCAGGGUUAUAGGAAGUUAUAUAACAUUCGAAAUUGCAUUCGUGUUUUGUCAGUGAUCUUGGCGGAACUAAACGUAUUCGCAUAACUUAGGCGUUGACCCUAUAGGGACAAAACUUCCUAUAUUUAUUUAUCAUCUACAGUGCGUUGAGCGACAUCGAAGAGUAUUAAGUGUAUCAUAUGAUUUCUGUAUAAACUUACAUAGUCAAGAGUAAGAAUUAUUUCGUCCUCAUACUGAAGUAAUCUAUAACAUCAUUUCAUUUCGUUUCUGGACGUGUUACGCUUGUAAAAAAUAGAAGAUGCCUUGUUUCACGGGACCAAGGAAGUGCAUGCUUUGUGGGGAACGGUUCCAAGACCAGCCUGGUCUUGUAAUGCACAUGAAAGCCUUCCACAGGGAUGUGCUCAACGGCGUUCCAGACGAGGGAGAAGCAGUAUGGGGCCGGCGCCACACGGAAGAACGACAGAGGGGACCAGAUGAUCAUCGUAGGAGCGGAGUCUCCCCGGGGCGCUACCAGCCCCCCGAGGGGAGCAGAAAUGGACGAAUGGAUGUGAUGAGCAGCGGUUCCUCAGAGAAAGUCUCCCCGGGGCAUGCCCAGCCCUCCGAGGGGAGCAGAAGAAGACAGCCGGGGAGCGUGGCAAGUAGCGGUUCUCAGGAGGAAGUCUCCCCGGGGCAUGCCCAGCCCUCCGAGGGGAGCAGAAGAACACAACCAGGUGGCGUAGCCAGCAGCGGUUCUCGGGAGGAAGUCUCCCCGGGGCAUUCCCAGCCCUCCGAGGGGAGCAGAAGAACACCACCAGGGGGCGUAGCCAGCAGCGGUCCAUCAGAGAAAGUCUCCUCGGGGCAUACCCAGCCCUCCGAGGGGAGCAGAAGACGCAGAAUAUCAGGGGGUAACGGGGAUGACGUCAAGCGCCCCAAAGUAACUGUGGUUAAUCCAGAGGGCCAACAGGUUCUAUCCCCUCACACAACUGAUGAUGUAACCCUUCGAGAGGGGCACGUUAUGGAAGAUGGGCUGGAGGCGGUCACGAGGAAACAGGUUACCGUGGAUGUGCUAUUCCCCGGUGACCUGGAAUUCCUCCAGAAGAAUGGCUACAGAGUGAGCAAGAUGGUCGUUGUAAAGGAGAAGUACUUUGAAGGAGAACUACAAUCCCGGAGCAAGGAGGUCCUGGACUUAAUUUAGUUUCUGUUGGACAUUUUAUAUUGGACUCUAAUUGCAGCAUAUUAUACACACAUUGGAUUAAUUAAUUAAAAUAUGGACAUUUAAUUUCAAUACCAAACUUCAACAUUUAUUUCCAGGAUUUAACCCUGAUGAACUUUAUUGGAUUACUUACUACAUACUAGUGUUAUUAUAUAACGUGGACACUUUCAUUUUAUUAUAUUUUUAUGAGCUCUGCUUCCUAGAUGGAAAUGAUUACCGUAUGAACGCCAGGAGUCGUUCCAUCUUGGGAGGGGGCUAUGUAGAGAACACGUGUCAUAGUGUUCUCUGUCAAUCAUUGAUCAAGGCAUUUUUGUAAAAGCCAGUGUAUGAGCCACUCUAACUUUGGGGUUACUUGGUUAAAAGGGGAGGUACUUCCUUGUCCAGGAAUGUGAUUGGUUUGUUCAUUGAACUGAUACAUUAAACUGUUACUAGAUAUGCUGGGACAAGGAAGUACAACUUUAGUGUGUUUCUUAGCAGUUUUGGGGAGGGUUGUUUUCACAUUCUAAAUUUGGGUGGGC